AUUACCCACGUGCUGUCACGUGAUGGCUUCCUUCUUUUCAUUAUGUAUCCUUUUACUACAUUUUAUACCUUUUAUCUCUUGCAAGGAGAGGAGGUACAUCAGUUACACGGUCAAUAUGGGAGAAGGCUUUAAUCUGAGACGAGACGUUCACAUGAGAGCUGCCAAUCUUGUCCGUAGUCUCCGUACUAAAACGAAAUACGACUGGAUACUUGUUCUACCUCCAUGGCCUCACCUCUAUCACUGGAAGUCCUCAGUCCCUCAGGAUUGGCUGCCUUGGGGACAAUUCUUUGACGUAGAGAGUUUGAAUGAGUAUGUGCCAAGUAUUGAGUUGGAGACUUACAUAGAAAGAGAGGGUUUAGUUAUUGACGAAAUUCUUAGUCUUCAGCGUUUGGAGAAACCAUUUACUGACAAAGGAGAAUGGCUGGAGAGUGUCACAGAAGAGCCAUGUCAUCAGAGAAUAAGGAAGGACCUCUUUAGUCCACUGGAUUUCAAUGUCAAAUUGAUGUCAUGUCUCACAACUCAAGGAAGGACGUCAGUAAUAAUACCUGAGCUACAUAAAAGAGCUCACAAAUCAAGGUCAUUCGUAGUAAUGUGGUUUGAACUCCUCCUACACGAUGAGUUUGGAAGCAUCGACUACUGGAAUGCAAGGAAAAGCAUGGUGUAUGCUCAGGAGCUCCGAGACAUUGGAACUGAAUUCAUGAAGGAUCAUCUUGAUUAUGAUCCUGGGAUCGGAAAGGGGCGGAGUAAACCUAACAAAGGGGGCGGGGCUUAUUUAUCGGUUCAUCUCCGUUCUCAAGAUUAUCAAAGAUCAAAGCCGCACCUGGUUCCUUCACUAAAAGGCCUCGCCAAGCAACUUAAAACAUUGAAAAAGGAACAAAAACUAAAAGUUGUUUUUAUAGCAAGUGAUGCUGGAAUAUCAGACAAGAAAAAACUACGGAAACUUAUCGGGGGAAAAGUCGUCUGGUUUGAGCCGGAUUCUGAUAUCAUCCAUCGCUAUGGUGAUGGAGGUGUGGCCAUAAUCGACCAAUGGAUAGCAGCUCAUUCAAAGUUUUUUGUGGGUACGACAGAAUCGACUUUUUCAUUUCGUAUUCGUGAAGACCGUCAGUUUUUAAGGUUUUCUGUUGAUAGUACCUUUAACCAGCUCUGUGGCAACGAAAAUAAUGAGACUGAUCCACACAGCUGCCCUCCUCCUUCAAAAUGGCUGCUGAUUGAAGACAAUCGCAAUUCAGUACGUUCAGAAUUGUGAAUUUUAAAAAAUCACUUUUUUCUUCCUUAAUUUAUUAAAUUUUUUUUUCAAAAAAAAUAGUGAAAUUACCAAACAAUUAUCAUGAAAAAAUAAUAUUAAUAAUUUACAAUAAUACUUUUAGUUCACAUACAUAUACAUGUACAUGUCAUAGGUAUUUCAGUGAUGAACUG